AUGUUAUGUGAGGAAAUAAAAACAGAAGGGGGUAUUUUCUGAAGUUAGGCUUCAUAACACAGAGGCAACAUGCUUGUACGCAGUACUUCAAUGUACUCUUAUCCAACAACAAUAGAAGAAGGUAAAUUUCACAAUUGCAGUUACACUACGAUAUGUAGAUUCCCAAUGUUUGUAGCACGGGAGGCAUACCACAUACAUACAUUGUACUUCCCCCAACAAAGGAGCGUACACCUUGAAGUUGAUCGGUUGAAGCAAAACAUCUGAGACCAGCAGAAGCAAAGAAAGGUGUUUGCCUAGCCUAGCAACUAGUACCAUUACCGUAUAACUCUUCUAGGAGGCAACACUAUCACCAAAUAUUUAUUUCUUACUACUAUAAUCUAACACUACAAUCCAACCCUAUAUACCCUCGUUGCCAUCUGUCUUAACCAAUCUUGUUGCUGAAAGUGAAAGAGCCCAAACGAACAGAAAAGUGUACAAUAUCAUCGUGCAAACUCAUAUAUCAUGCAGGCAGCGACCGCUGCCGCGGCGGCGGCUCCCCCGCCGCCUCGCCGCCACGGUUACGCGAACGUCGAUCCCCGGUGCGAGUGGACACGCACGGAAGACGCCGACACCCUCGUCGUCGAUGUCUCAGGGUUCAGGAAGGAGGAGCUGAAGGUGCUGUACAACACCAGCCGGAAGCUGAAGGUCGCCGGCGAGCGGCGGGCCGACGGCGGCCAAUGGGCACGCUUCCUCAAGAUGUUUCCGGUCCCGAGGAGCUGCGACGCCGGCGCCAUCAGGGCCGUCAUGGACAACGAGGAAGCCCUGCUCUACGUCAUCCUGCCCAAGGGAUCAUCGUCUUCUUCCUCCUCCUCCAGGGACAAGAAGGAAGAUGAACACAAUGUGAGCUCCCAGCCUCAGGGAGAAGCAGCCAUGGCGCCCAUGGCGGAUGGGCCAUCAAGCAGCAGCGGCGGCGGUGGCAAUCUGUACAUCGCCCAGGAAGACGAAGAGAUGGGCAAGAUUGAUGAGAAAGAAGAGGUGAUUGCCACGCAGGAUGUGCCAAGAACACACGGCGAUGUGGAUGAUGGUAACGGGAGAUGGUGGCAGAGGGUCAGGCCUAUGAAUGUUCUUGGCGUUGCUCUCAUCCUUGCAGUGGCUUGCGUUGGAGCCUAUGUGCUGUGCUUGAUGCUGCUGUGAAUCGUAGCAUGUGAAUUAAUCGCUUGUGUAAAUGUGUUUGUUGCUCAUGUGAAUUACAAUUGUCACUGUUAGCUUGGGACUGGUUUGCUACAUACGAGCUCAUCAAUGAAUGUGAAUACAAUAACAUAUAUGGCAUUCUGCUU